CCUGGCUCUAACGGAGCUUAAGCGUCUGUUCGAAUUUAGAGCCAUUUUCGGCCUCAGGCACCAAGUUUCAGCUGUUCUGUCGAACAACGUGUCCUCUAGAUAAAGGCGGCCUGUUCGCCCUCGAAUCUACCCAGGGAACCACACCACAAGACCAUAAGCACCAGCCAAAUCACCAAGGACACUCUGUCCUCCGCAUAGCUCGGUCGCCUGCCUGCCUGCCUGCCUGCCUAGCAUACCUUGACUCAUCAGGUGACUGACUCACACUAAGAUCUUCACAUGGAAAGCAUGCCCUGCCAUAGAUGAUUGCGCAUAGCUGUUAUUAGUAUUGAGGCAUUAGGACGGCACCUCUCUACUCAGCAUUCCCCAUUCUUUCCUGCAUCCACCACGCGUCGAGCAAGAGGUCCCAUCACCAUCUCUUUUGCGCUAUCGAACCGCAGUAAACACCAAGUCCUCCUGACGGCCCAAUCACCCCCACACAAAAUGGCUUCUUGGACAGACAACACCCCGGCUUCCACGCCGCAAGUCAAGUUCGAGAACUCGCCUGCCGAAUCUUUCAUGUCUGGCCCUGCCGGCGACAUGUACUCUCUCUUCAGCACACCCGCGCCCUCCAUGAACCCACUGGAGACUGUCAUGACUCCUGAAUCGGUUGGCGACGCUUCAUCCCCUUGCGAUGAAGAGGACGGAUCACCUGCCCCCGCCGAUGGUGAGAAGAAGCCUACCAAGAAGAGAAAAUCAUGGGGUCAAGUCCUACCAGAGCCCAAGACCAACCUUCCCCCCAGGAAACGAGCCAAGACAGAAGAUGAGAAGGAACAACGCAGAGUCGAGCGUGUCCUUCGCAACCGUCGCGCCGCUCAGUCUUCCCGCGAGCGAAAGCGACAGGAGGUCGAGGCUUUGGAGAAACGCAACCAGGAGCUUGAGACCUUGCUUCAGCAACAAGAGAAAAAGACCCUACUCCUGCUCGAGGAGCUGAGCAAGUUCCGCCGGUCAUCUGGCGUUGUAACCACGACCUCGUCCCCUCUGCUCGACACUCUGGAUGGCCCAGUUACCCUAUCUCAACCCCUUUUCGGGGUAUCGGAGAUGAUUGAUGGAAACCCCAGCAUGAUGAAUGACUUCAUCCUUAUGCCUGACAAUGAGGGUACUGUCGACCCUGCCUCCAUCUCCCCCGAGCUGGCCCCUGUCCCUGAUGAUGCCAUUCCUCAGUCGGCACCUACUGCCCUCGCCAAGUCUACCACAACUCUUCCUACUUCCUCUGACGUGACACAACAUCCAGCCGCGGUGUUGUGCGACCUGCAGUGUCCGUCACUGGAAGUAUCGGAGUCAUUGGUAGCUCAGCAGAGACCGCAACCAGCGUUGGCUCUCUAUCUGCAGUUCCAAAUGCUUUUGAUGGCCUCUUCAGCGAUGCUCUCAGCCUGCCAGCGUCCACUUCUUUUGAUAGCUGGAGCUCUCAAGCACAAUUUAGUCCUUCAAGCGACCCCAUCAAUUUUGAGCACAAUCAUCUGGAUGGUAACGCUCCCGCAGAACUACCGGAAUUCGACUUCUCACCCUUCCUUGACGACGAUCUCAGCGGCGCAGCUUCAGGCGCGAUCGCGGGACACGUUUCGAUCCCCCUCGAGCCCGAAUCUAUCUUCGGCCUCUUUGACUCUGAGACUCAAGUCUCUUCAGACAAUCUUAACCAGCAGUCCCAUGCUGGCGCGUCCUCUAAUGGAUGCGACGCUGGGAUUAUUGCGGUUGGUAUCUGAGGGACACGAUGACCGGGUCGAGAGGCUGGCAGAUGGAUCCCCGGGUAUCAAGGGAGAUCAGAGCCGUGGCCCACUAUUGUGGCCAGAAGGCGCCAGCUUACCGUCUCAAGAAGUAUUGCUCACCUUGCUGUGGGCAAUCAGAGUGGAAGAACGGAAUAUGAAGGCUAGAGAGGCGAUUAUAGUCUCUCAGCCGGCCUCCGAGAAACCCGGAUCAAGCGUACCUCAAGAAAACACCAACCAGACAUUUGUAUUAUCAACCUCGACUUUGAAAAGAAAGCGAGAUAUGGGCACGACUAGUAGCAAGCGAUCAAGGCUACACUACUAAAGGAUUGUGAUUUAUGUCAAAACGGCAUGGGAUUGCAUGGCGUCAAGGAUUUGCAUCUACAGGAGGUCCCAAAGUGGACAUGUAGCAUUACAAUGGAAUAACUUUAUCUGACUUAUAUGACA